AUGUUUUUUCUCUUUUACUUGUAUAUAUCUUUCAGCUUUCAUUUUCUAUCUAUCUAUCUAUUCUAUCUAUCUAUUUUAUCUAUCUAUAUUUUUCCAUCUAUCUAUCUAUCUCUGUCUCAUUCUGUUUAUUCUCUAUCUAUCUAUCUAUCUAUCUAUCUAUCUAUUUUUCAUCUAUCUAUCUCAGUUUAUUCUUUUUUCUAUCUGUUUCUGUUCUUUGUUUAUUUUCAUUCUAUCUAUCAUAACAUUUAUCUAUCUAUCUAUCUAUCUUUCCAUCUGUUCAUAUUUUCUUUUUCUAUUUAUCUAUCUCUCUAUCUAUCUAUUCUCAUUUUAUCUAUCUAUCUAACUGUUCUUCAUCUAUUUUAUCUAUCUAUUCUAACUGUUUUACCGUGCGUUUUAUCUAUCUAUCUAUCUAUCUUUCGUUCUAUCUAUUCAAUCUAUCCAUCUAUCUCAGUCUGUUCGUAUCUAUUUAUCUAUCUAUUCAUUUUCCAUCUAUUUAUCUUUUCUUUUAAUGCCUCUCAUCUCUGUUCCAUCUAUGUUAAUCUCUGCUUGGCGAGUUUACUAUAA